CUGAUCAGUUCAGCGUUGCACGGCCGCAGUAAAGUCCGCUAGUGCCGCGAAACAAACAUUCCAAUUACAAAUCGAAAUAAACGAAUCGAACGAAAAUAAUCGAAAUUUAAAAAUAAACAAUCAAUGGAAUUAAUGAUUAGGUGUUUUUAAGUGCACGUUUUAUUCCCGAUUUCGUGUGAGGUGUUUUAUAGUGUUGGUUCUGUGUUCAUUGGAGUCCCGUUGGCCGGUGUUUUAUCAAGUUUUUGGAUGAAUCGUGUUUCUGAUAUAACGAUGCGUAGAGAAAACUGAAGAAUCAUGUGCAGACUAAAGAAGACGGCGGAUUCACAGGAUAUUCUUGGAUGACACAGGCUGGUUUCCCCGGUAGAGCCGCAAUGUCUCAGUCGGCGCUGGGCCUGGGCGGUGAGCGGCGCUACUCCGUGCCCUCCAACCCCAUGAUGCACGACCCACGCGGCAUGCACUCCGAGGACCUGCACGCCUGGUCCAUAUACAGACAAAACCUGAACUCAGAUUUCACGGACAGUGCACUUGGCAGCACUGACAAGAGUCCACUGCCGUACGGCAAUUUCCAGCUGAGAGACACCACUGUGCAGUCCAUCCUGUCCCAUCCCAGAUAUGGACCGAAAUCAGCCUUGGGGUCGAACAUGUAUACCUACUUGAAGUUCGGCCUACCUCGCGUAUUUCCACCGAACCACAACGGGUCUCAGCGCUCCGGAACGCCCAAACCGAAGACAUCCAUCGGAAGUGGCAUGAAACCAGCUCCCAGGAUACACAGACAAAGUCGAGGCAUCCGCGAAACGUCUUCAGGCUACGACAGCUCUGACAACGAGACGUCCACCAACUACAAGUACAGUCGGAAAUACCGAUCAGAUCCUGACUUCAGGAUGCAGAACGCACACCAGACUUAUCAGCACAGUACAGGCGUCCCUCUCGUAGCAAUGCAACAGGCCGGCAUCAGAGGCGAGCCCCACUGGACCAACUCGCGCCACAAGUCCGUCAGUGAAGCCAACCUGCUGGGAAUCGAUGCCAGACCCCAACAACGACCGUCCUACGCCAACAGGAGAAACAGUGUCGCUGAUUUCAUACCGGAUAACGAUCAUCAAAGCUACCUGGUACCAUCGCACCUGGGAGGGCGCAUGUCCAAGGCUGGCAGCCACAUGUCGCUGGCUCAGUCCAGGAAACACUCCACCCUGCGGCCUGGAGACCAUCUCGAUGGCUACACGCAUUCCGCUUACAUUUAUCCUAAUUACUACGUGAACAGCUUAGAGAUCACAUCGCCAGAGAACAAGUCGACGUUGCUGGUAUCCGGGCUUAGCUUCGAAGUGAAAUCUGGCGAGAUCCUGGCUGUGUUGGCCACCUCACAGCAUGAGGCUACCGGCCUGUUGGAUGUCCUUGCUGGAGUCAGGAAGAAAUUGACCGGGGAUAUAGUGCUAAAUGGUCAACCAGUAGCGUCGUCUACCCUCCGAAAAGUUGCGGCGUACGUGCGCAAAGACACGUCAUUGUGCCCCUCCAUGACAGUCGAACACACGCUGCGCUUCCACGCGUCACUCAGGCGCCCGCGACACAACCAUAGUCAGGUCAAAAUGAAUGAUAGAGACAGGAUAAACCUUCUAAUAGAAGAGUUAGGUCUAGAACAAGUACGGGACACAAAUGUGGGCCGUCUAACGCGUUCCGAGAUCCGGAGACUCAACGUGGCGUGUCAGCUGCUCCUCGACAUGGCGGUGUUGAUCCUCGACCAGCCCACGAAGGAGAUGGAUAUCUUUGACACAUUCUUCUUGGUGGAGUAUCUGAGGAACUGGGCCAGCACUGGACGAGUCGUCAUAAUGUCGCUGCAUCCGCCCACUUAUGAGAUCUUCGCGAUGCUUACCAAGGUGGUGCUAAUAUCGGCUGGACGGACCAUGUUCAGCGGGUACAGAAGAGACAUGUUGCCAUAUUUCGCCUCUAUAGACUACCCCUGUCCCGCUUUCAAGAAUCCUUCCGAUUAUUAUUUGGACUUGGUAACUUUGGACGAUCUGUCUGCGGCGGCGAUGUUGGAAUCAUCAGGUCGUAUCGAGGCACUGGCAGGCGUAUUUGCAGGGGCGCAGUCUCCACCGGAGCCCCCACCACCCGUACCUUUGCCAGCCCCCGUCACCAGGCCUAACGCUUUUGUCCAAAUAUUUGCGCUUGUGGAGAAAAGCUUGGUGUUCACACAGAUGACGACACUGUCCAACGUGAUCACUCGCGUGCUGAUCGCUGCCAUCAUGUCGCUUAUUACCGGGACCAUCUUUUGGGACCUGCCUAUGACUGAUGCGAAGCUAACGCAGAACGACAGGAUAGGUUUCCACUACACGGUGAUGUGUGUGACAUUAUGGCCCAUUCUACUGUGGUUGACAGCGAGAGAAGCCAGCUCCAUGAGGCAUCAUGUCGAGAGAGAUAUCGCUGUGGGCCUCUACUCCAGGAUCGUCUUCAUUAUAUUUGAUCAAUUCCUGGAGCUGUGGUCAGCUGCUCUCACCUGGUUGGCGUACUUAGUACCCAGUUACGCGAUGACCGGGUUAUACGCGCAAUCCCCCGGCUCUUUCGAUGGAUUCUACCUUUAUCUUGGCUACAUGCUUCUCUACCUAAUCUGCGUACAAAUGUUAUGUCGGGCGGCCAUCUUCCUAGUACCAAUGGAGCGCACCGCUGCCGUCCUAUCAGGCUUCUGCAUUCUGCUCAGCACGUUAGUCAACGGCGUGAUGCUCCACCAACAAGACUUGCCAAAUUACGUCAGAUGGUUGGAGUUUGUGUCACCCAGCAGAUGGGUGAUGCCUGAAGUCUUGCAGAAGGAGCUCAGUGAAACGGCGCUAAGAACGAGCAUUAGCAAGGACAUGAGAUGUCCUACUAAACAACGUCCAUAUCCAGACAUAAUAGUACAAUCGCAGUGUCCGCCACCGAACGGAACCCAAGUCCUCUCAAACUUCGAGUACCUUCGAGCAGAGCACCUCUGGGAGUGGACUGAGGAAACCUUCCUUAUAGCUCUGGCUGUGUUCUACGCUGUAUUCGCUCUAGUCGCUAUCCUAGCCUUCGUUGCCGACUGUAGCAAGUAUGUGAAAAGAAAGGAACGAUCCUUAAUGAAGGGACAUAAGGUUACCAUUAACACUCCUUGAAAUGGUCAAUUACUGGUGAUUUUAAACAAAUGCGUUCUAAUAUUGGGGUCUUAUUUUCUAACUCCGCGAACGGCGAGUGUGAUUCGCUGUAAGUAAUUGUAAAUUCCUGUCGAUUUUUUCGCAAAUAGCAAUCGCUAGGGUUGUGAUUACGAUAGAUGUUGAAGUUUGACAAUAGCCCCCGUUGUUGUAAACAAAUUCUUCUAACAUCAAAUGUGUUAAAAAAAAGGAAUGAAACGAUAGUCAAAGAAUCAAUGUAAUAACUCAAAAUGCGAUCGAUUAACAAUGUAUUAUUUAUCAAUGCCAGGAAAAGAAGAGGGCAGUGAAAAAAUAGGCAUUAACAUUUCUCGCUAAUAACAUCAUGCAUAUAUCAAGAAUAAAUACGAGAAUAGUACCGUUCGUAUGUUUGGGACACAGUGCUUAUAAUAAUUGUCCCAAAACUCGUUAGUUUAUGGAAUACCUACACUGUUUUGUGUGAAAACACGUAUUUCAUAGUUCUUAGUUUUUGAUAGUUCUUAGUUUCAACUGGCUUUGAACUAGCAGAAAAAUCCUUGAACAUGUAUCUUGAUUUCAUUACAAUACUACACCUAAGUAUAAUAACAUCCUUGCGAAAGUGUUACAAGAAAUGAAUAAUAUUUUGGUAACAAUAUAAUUUGAACACGGUAUCACUGUAUAAUACAUAAGUCAAAUAUAAAAACCAGUUAUUUCUGGUUUUACUUAUCUGAGCGAUAAAAUUAAACUGUCUAGCUGUCAAGGUCAUCAAUUUGAUAUAUUUUGAGCAAAUCUCAAUAAUAAUUUAGUCCUAGUAAUAAAAAUAGAUAUUAUUAAGAAUUUUGUAUGUGAAUCAAUGUACAAAAGUAAUUAUGGUCAUAAUAAUUGAAGUAAUUUUAAUAAUAUAAAAGGCUGACUAUGUAAUGUCUUCCGUCCAUACAACAAUUAAUCUAUGAUUGCAUUAUGAAUUUACGAAGUUUUAGUGUUAUUUUAAGUUUAGUAUAGUUAGAGAAUAUGUGCGAGUGGUGUCUAAUAAUACUUAGUCAAAGUUUAUUAAUAUUAAGUUUAAAUAAAUUCAGAUAAAGCUUGAUUUCAUUCUUCAUCACAUUUUUGUAUUAAAUGUGAUGUAUAUCGAAUUCUUCGUAUGUAUCCACUAGCUUUCUUUUCUCUGCUUAUCGACGUAGAGAAGUAACUAAAGCACUUUUCAUUAUCUACUAAUAUUGUGUACAUAUUUAAGUAAACAUUUUAUCAUAUUAUUAUUAGAAGUAUUUUUUAACACUGCCUUUGUAUAAUGCUCAUAAUUUGGGUUAAAAUUUGAUUGUCUAUUGAGUAAAUUAGGACGAAAUUUUGUUCAAUUUUAUUAUUAUAAUUAUAAUUCUUAAAAUAAUAUUUUUCUAUUAUGUUCUAUUAAUAAUAAAUUAAUAAUCAAUUGUAGGAGAAUUAUAAAAGCGGAGCCAUAUCACUUAAUUAUUUAAAGUAAAAUAUAUUAUAAUUGUUAAGUUACCUUAGUUUGGAUUACGAAAUAAAAGGGUAAUUCUUGA